CCUGAUAUGUAUCGCAUUGGAGUUGAUGUCGGCGGCACCAAUACGGAUGCCGCCCUGCUGGAUGUGACAGCAUUCAACACGCCCGGCCGCGGUGUUCUAGCAUCAUGCAAAUCCCCCACCACAGCUGAUGUCACGUCAGGUAUAACGACGGCCAUCGAGACAGUGCUGAUCAAAUCCGGCGCGCCUAAGACAUCGGUGCUAAGCGUCACCAUUGGCACAACACACUUUAUCAACGCCUUGAUCGAGGCCGAUGCGCGCCGCUUGAGCAGAGUCGCCGUUGUGCGGCUCUGCGGGCCCUUCACACGACAAAUACCGCCGUUCACAGACUUUCCUGUUGGUUUGCGUCGAGUGAUGGAGGGAGGUGCUUGGUUUCUGGACGGUGGCCUUGAGAUUGAUGGCCGUGAAAUUGCACCCCUGGAUCCGAUGCAGAUCAAGGACUGCGUAGAGCAGAUCCAGUCCAAGUCGCUUAGGACGGUCGCUAUCGUGGGAGUCUUCUCGCCCCUCGACCACGAGGGUAUCCACGAAGAGGAGUGUCGAAGACAGAUGCUCGCCAUCGAUCCCUCCCUCAGAAUCGUGUGCAGCCGCGACAUUGGCCCACCAGGCUAUUUGGAACGGGAGAACGCCACCAUCCUCAACGCCGCAAUUCUAGACACCGCCCAGAAGACCAUUCGCAGUUUUAAGAUGGCCAUGAGGCGCCUGCAGCUGCAAUGCCCUCUGUACCUCUCCCAGAACGACGGCACCCUCAUCGACGCUGAGGCCGCAGCAGAGCUCCCUAUCAAAACAUUUGGUAGCGGCCCUACCAAUAGCAUGACGGGAGCGGCGUUUCUCGCGGGAUUGGGCAAGCCACGUGCUUUGCAUGUCGACGGGGAAACAACUUCCGAGGGGCCAGACCACCAGGUCUUGGUCGUUGACAUCGGCGGCACGACCACCGAUGUCUGCGCUCUGCUUCCCUCAGGCUUCCCGCGGCAAGCUCCGAAUUUUGUCGAGCUGGGCGGAGUCCGCACUGCCUUUUCUAUGCCUGAGGUGGUUUCUAUAGGCCUCGGUGGCGGGAGCAAGGUUCAGGUGUCCAGCGAGACCGACGUGGUGUCGGUUGGGCCAGAUUCGGUAGGCCAUUUUCUGACCGAGCAAGCUCUGGUGUUUGGUGGCCCGACUUUGACUUCCAGUGACAUCGUGGUUGCUUCCGGGAUGGCCCAGCUUGGUGAUGCUUCCAAGGUCGCCCACAUUCCUGCUUCCACUAUCGAGGCAGCCCAGAAGCAAAUGAGGCAGAUGCUCGAGUCCGUUAUCGAGAAAAUGAAGAUGUCCGCAGCGCCGGUUCAUAUCCUGCUCGUCGGUGGUGGAUCUUUACUCGUGACUGAGAAGCUCAGUAAUGUGGCCAAGUGCGAAAAGCCAGUUCACCACGAUGCAGCAAAUGCUGUUGGGGCCGCAAUCGCAAAAGUCGCUGGCGAGGUUGAUAUUAUUGAAAUCAUGCAGGGCAAGGAUGAAAAGGCAGUCAUAAAGGCUGCUUGUCAGCAGGCCAUCCACGCCGCGGUUCAGAAAGGAGCCGAUCCAAGCGACGUCAAGGUGGUAACGAUCGACAAGAUCCCAUUACAAUAUACGGCCAACAAGGCUAUGAGAUUGGUCAUUAAAGCUGUAGGAGCUCUGGCGACUCCUGAGGCUGCAACUGUGGCCAGCCUGCCUGCAGAGUUCUCACAUGUGCGCCGCGAGGAGACACAAGAGGAAGGCAUCAAGGUUCGCGUACCCGACGCUGCUGAGCCGACGACCAAGCCUGCAUCCGAGGUCAACCUGGAUGAGUAUCGGCCACAGGUCCGGGAUGGAGUUUGGUACAUUUCGGAAGUUGAUUUGGAGUUGAUUGCCACCGGCACCGGCAUCCUUGGUACAGGCGGCGGCGGUCCGUCCUACCUAGAGCUGCUGCAUGGGUUGAAUAUCCUGCGCAAUAAGGGUGGAGCUGGGAAGAUGCGUGUAGUGCCUCCAACGUCUCUCAAAGACUCGGACCUUGUGGGUUUCGGGUCUUGGUAUGGUGCUCCCAGUGUCAUCAAUGAGCGGAUCGGAAGCGGCUCGGAGAUCAUCACAGGAAUUGAGACGGUGAAGAAGAUACUAGGUAUUGGUAAGGUUGAUGCCAUUUUGGCCGAUGAAAUAGGAGGUGGUAAUGGUAUGAGCCCAUUCGCCACGGGCGUCCACUACGACAUCCCCGUUAUUGACGGCGACGCAAUGGGCAGAGCGUAUCCAACAAUGUACCACGCGACUCUAUAUGUCUACGGCAACCCUAUCACGCCGUGCUCGCUAAGUGACGCCAAAGGCAACUCGGCCGUCAUCAUGCAAGCAGAGAGCCCGCUACGUGUAGAAGGGCUCUUGCGUACAACGGCCGUUGAGCUGGGGCUCGGAUGUGCUGUUUGCGCCCGCCCCUUGAGCGCUGAUAUUAUCAAGUCCCUCGCUGUGCCUAACACCAUGUCGCAAGCCUGGUAUCUAGGACAGGCUGUGCAUCGCGCGCGGAGGAGCAAGAUUAGCUAUGUCGAUGCCAUCCUUGCAACGACAACCGGAAAACUAUUGUUCACAGGUAAAAUCAUCGACGUCCGCAGGGAGAUCGGCAAGGGCUACACUAUGGGCAGCGUGCUACUUGCAGAAGAAAAUCCCGAUGCUAUCCCAUCAACGACAUCCGGCGAGUCAACACGCCGCAUGAUCAUUCCUUUCCAGAACGAAUUUUUAUAUGCAGCGUACGCGGACGAAGCCGGCAACGAGACCAACGAGAUCUUGUGCACCGUGCCAGAUCUGAUUUCGAUCCUAGGCCAGGAUGGCGAGGCCAUUGGAUCGCAGGACCUGCGGUAUGGCCUUCACGUUAGUGUUAUUGCAAUGCCGGCUCAUCCAUUGUGGAAGACAGAACAAGGACUGGUGGUUGGUGGACCUGCUGGUUUCGGACUGACGAUACCGUUUAUUGGUGUUGGAGAGUAUGCACCGCCACGAAGUGUGAUCGAGGAUUAUGGGAAAUGUUAAUCGUACGUACUUGGGUGAAGAAUUUGAUACUGUCCCCAGUCG